AUGGAUCAACGCAAAACAGUGAGUACUCGUCGUUCAUGAUCACUGUUCCACUCCAGCAGAUAUGUUAGAGGGGUAAUCAACCGUCAACUGCAGCCAGAGUUAUUAGUUAGACACAUAUAACGAAAACGUAGUCAGCUAAUUAGAACUCCAUGCUUCCUGUAGUAAGCCAAAGGACCCUUAAACACUGUUAAAGACUCGAUAAGACCCAUCGAUAUCCAGGUCAAAGGGUGACGAACUACAUUUUAAUUAGCAAGUCAUCGUCAAAGGAUCAAAUCUGCAGUUCUCCGUUGAUUUGCUAAGACCCGACAACUGUUUGGAGCAGACGAAUGGUGAACAUAAAUAACAGAGAAUCGUCCGACCUCAAAACGACUAAUUAGUAACAGUAUAAACUAACUCUAAAUUCAACUUCCGCAGAGGUUACUUCAGAACAAUUUCAGUGAGUUUCCUGUUCAGAUAACGCCUACGUUCAGUAGGUAUUUAUGCGUGUAUGUUGUUCAAAGCGGGAUUGGCAGUUUUCAUUAGGCCAUUGGCUACAGGGUCCGUGUCCUGCGCUGCUGUUAGGGUUGGCUGGAAAGCAUCCAAAAAGUGACAAACCAGAAUAAACUCUACACGAACUUCCCUCCGAAGUACUAUGUACGUAGGUGUCUAUUCCCGCCACUUAGGCGUGUGCUGUACCGAACGCGCGCCGUGAGCGGCACUCACGCACACGUGCCCUCAAAACAGAUGAACUCAUCAGACCCCCCAGUGCCGUUCGCUUGCAGUCAGCACAUGUGCCCACGAAGGCGACGUGAUGGCUUUCAGUCCGGGAAAGUGCUUCCAGCGAAGUGCAGCACCACAUGGCUGGUAGCACUAUUAGAGGAGUACGUAAUUCAACCAAGAAGGUUGGCAUACGCAAAAAUAAGUGUUUUACGAGACACUACCAGGCGGGAGUCAAGUCGAGUGAGGUAGACGAUGAAAUAGGCAAACAGACAGGCUUUGUAAGUGAUUAGGUACAUUAGCAGAGCCUUGAAAAACGGGAGGGGAAGGAUGGAAGUUGAAAGUCUUCAGGCCUCUACCAGACGGGGAGCUCCGCAGCAAGGGUGGUUGUAUUUCUACUGCGUUCUGAAGUUUCGAAAGCAGGACACCCUUGAUGCGAAGCUCCUCGUCUCUUCUAUCGGCCCAGCAUAGGCAAGUGGUUAGUCCUAGGCUGCCCAAACAUAAAGAACGCAAAUGAGGCUGGGAUAGAGCGACCGUAUCUCUGCCUUCCGCUUAAUAUUGUGCAUAAAUAGGCGUUCUGUAAGUUCACAAGGCGUGAAACGGACAGAAGUAGUAACUUGUAAACUGGUAAAGUAUUCUUUACAAUAGUUGAUAACUUGGUCAACAGACUCCGCAUCAGCGGCAGCUUAUAAUUAACCUUAAUUAAACAAAAUCUAUACGUAGCGGUCGCGCACCGAUUUUCAGCCUAUGUCUGCAAAAUUGGGCAAUCAGCACGCACCGAAAACAGGGUAUGUGAAUGAGCAGCAGCUCGUUUUUUACCAUCAGGAUUCCCAAUAAAGGUGUCUACUGGUCGGCAUAACACGAAAGAUCAUCUAAUGGUUAGUAAAAGUCCGCAUGGGAACUGUAAGAGGAAGAAGCCUUGCCGUCCACGAGUGUUUUCAAAGCCGUGCAGUCUAGUUUCACAGACGCUUGACAUAGUUUGCGAGUCUGGUAGGGAUCAUAUACGCAGGACCACUUGGCAACCUUACACAAAAGGGUCCCUUUUAUACGGGAAUGGUGUUAAGUGGGGGUUUUAUAGGUGGGAGAAAAAUCGCAACAAGAAGGAAAAUUCAGAAGAGCGCUUGGCGAGCAUACGCGUGCCUUCGAUAAAUUCCCAUCGGGCCUGUACAUUUAUAUGGGAACAAGGUACAAACUGAAACGUAUGAGGGAUAAGAGCAGUCGAUUGAGCUUCGUCUUCUCAUACAAACGGACCAUAUGAGUAGAGGAGAGGGAAGGGAGGUGAGAGGAAGCAGUAGGUGACAGUGAGAGUUAGGCAGAGCCAUGUACAAGGGCAAUACACAAACUUUUACAGUUGUGCACUCCUCCAACAGAAACGUAAUCUAUAACUAGUCCCAAAACUAACCCCAACGCUAACCCUCAGACUAACCCCGACCCUAACCCUAAAACUAACUCUGAAACCAACCCUAACCCUAAAACGAACCAAGGGUCGGAUCUUAUUUCGUAGCCGUACCUGCAAUAGACAAGCCCCGGCCUAACCUCUAACCCUAACCCAAACCCUAACCUCAACCUCUAACUCCUAACCCAAACCCCUUACCCUUACCCUUAACCUCUAACCCUAACCCCUAGCAGGUACGGCUAUGAAAUUUGAUCUUACCUAACUAUAACCCCCAAACUAACUUUAAUCCCAUAACUAAUCCCAGUCAAGCCUAAACUAUAAAACCAGACCCCAACCUAACCCUAACACUAAAAAUAACCCCAACCCUAACUUUGUACUUCGGCCUAUCACUUUCCGCAAACUAAAUCCUAGUCUCCCACCCCAAACCCCAGCAAUAAACUCAUGAACAAAAUCUAACCCACACAGCAGCCCUAAAACCAACUGAACGGCGGUAACACCCUAAUACGGCACGUCCAUAUCCUUAGAUCCCCUCCAAACCCUUACUCUGUCCUCUAACUCUCCCAGCACAAAUCCCAUAGUCCUAGUCUCAACCACUGAGGCUUAACAGCGACACAUACAGUAGCUUGAAGAUCGACCUUAGUGAUUCCAUAUCACAGUAUAACAUGCCUAUCUAAGUCACAUAAGUAACCAACUAAAUAGUAUAAGAGUGGGUUCCUGCACAUUAGAUGAUUAUCGCGGGUUCAACCAAGUUGAAAGCUUUUUGUUGAAAUGGAUGGGCGUUGCGAGCCGGUAAGAAGGGAAUAUUACUAAAUUUGUGCGGCUGACAAGGAUGUUAAGCAAUUUCAGGAGUCGGCGGUUCCUUCGCGUCCUCUACCAAAAGUUCCUGGCUCUAUGUAUGAUGCAUAUUCUCGUAACAUUGGGGGCGCCCAAAACUCACGUAGAUACCCGUUUACAUUUGGAGGAAGCGGAUGGCGUUGGUGCAGUAGAAGAACAGUGCCAACGAAAAUAUAAUCUGGAAAUACUUAGUUAUGAACACCUCCCAGCUGCAGGGGAAUAUCCAAAAGAUGAAAGUUAGGUAAACUGUAGUUUCACUGAAGACUGGAUGUACUCUCGAGCAUGUAUCAGUGUUGACGUGCUUUUGGUCCGCCGAUUUUUCUUCUAAGAUCUUUUGCAUGCCCAGAUCUAGACCAGAUAUUUGACAGUGUCAAUAGGAUAGAUGAAUUAAACCCGCAACUUUGCUUUAAAGAAGUCCCAUGAACCAACAACAGGGAAACCCCUGAAAGCUCUAAAGGCCGCGUUUGUACUCAACAACUAAACAAGGGACAUUUACGUAACCAGUCAUCAGCUGACAGAACAGACUACCCAAACAAGUAACUAUGCAUUUGUAGGACACUGCUGAACACUCCAGUAGAUAACUGCGCCUUCAUAUUUGUGAAAUUUCUUGUGGAAGAGCAGAAUAGUAUUUGAAGUUUUCUAUGAGCAGUGUUCGCCCAUCAAUCCUGAUUGCAGAACAGAACACUGACUUUCCGUUUUAACUUAGAAUUCUGAUCUACAGCCAACGUCAGUGUCAAUGAAACGUUGGUUGACCGAAAAUUGAAAAAGAUUACCGACAAAGACGAGGAAUACUGAAAUCACUAGUUCCAACAUAUUUGCAAUCAUCGGUCCGCCCCCAGGCUGGCUGCUUUUCGGGAUACGCAAAGUCAUACGACAUGUGACGUUCACUGAACGGACGUGGUUUUAGGAGGAUGUAGGAGUGUGCCCUUUUCAGUGAAGCGCUGGUCUACAGCCCUUGAAGACGAUCACGCAGCAACAAGCAAUGCUUAGUUAAGUCAGAGAAUUCCCGAACAGUUGCAAGCCCAGAGCUACAUUUUUCGGUAAAGCGUUCUUUGCGCAAAAGCAGGGGGAUGUCCCAUAUAUUCGCUGACAUGUGUGCUUUUUGUCUUGGGAGAGAAAGUAGCCUUGUAUAGUGCACUAAGUGUAGCCUUUGUCACCAGAUUUGGCACGGUAGGCAUAAGCUAUUUCAAUUUCUAACGGAUGUCAGUGAACACAAAUCGACGCUGAAGUUACGAAUCCUGUGCAAAUUAUACCUCUGGCUGCCUUGGGAACUCAGGUCGAGACGCUGACAUUAGUUGUAGGCACGUUAUUGGAUCGGACGGCGUGCUUUCGUGCAUGCAGAAAUAGUUAUCUCAUACUGUGCUAGCGGUCUGACACAGUGUGCAAUUUUUAUUUGGUAUAGAGUUCAUACACGGCUCAGAAGCAUGAACACGACGACAUAAUAGAGAGACAUUGACUGGAUACUAGUUUCCAAAAUUAGAUUUAACAAUGCAUCCGUGUGGAGUUGGCUGAGCACUCGUCAAAAGUGGACUCCCUCGAUUUCUUCUUCCUCUGAUGCAUGUUGAUCCACCUUCAGUAGAAACGACUUAAAUAGAUUACCACGAACAAAUAGACUGCAGAGGAACUGAUGGGAAUGUCUCAUUAAUGACCUCUGUCUAGCGCAGUUUCGCACAGUACAUUUAACGAAGUGUUGUCAGUCAGGAAGAACACAUUCAGCAAAUCACGUAAUGCUAUUAAGCAUAGCUUUUGCAGUAGGUCAAAAUCAACGAACUAUUUUUGUGUGAAGUUACUUAGAGUUUAAGAUUUUUGACCACCUUGUCGGAUAUUUUCCCUUAAUUCCACAGGAUUUUCAUAAUAAAAAUAGUUCCCUUAGAAGAAUAAUAUUACACUGACCUUUUCGCGGCUCUGCAGGUGAGAAACUGCGCUUAAGUUGAGGUAGCAGUCCGAACUCAGCCAAGAUAUGGCUGUCCAGUGCGGAGGCCUGGAUAGCACACUGAAUAGUCGCCUCAAACUACGCAGAUGAGCCGGUCAGCCGCAUUUCCGAAAUGGAUGCGACUCAUGAUCGAAAGUUCUUCAGUAACCCGAUCGAUACUAAGUUCACAAAGUAGGCUCAUUUCGUAGGCAGAACUACUUAAGGCAUGUGACCUUGAUUAGUUGAAUUUGGAGAACCCAUCGACAUAAAAGGUGCAAAAUUUAAUAUAAUCCGUUUGUAAACAACACCACCUACUAAUGGUAGCCAGGGCUGAAGAGAAAACAAAUCAGGUAUCCUUAAGAGAAGUAUGAAUACCAGUCAGAUGACGAUGCCAUCACCAGACAUCCCGUCUUUGUCCACCAGUAUUUCCUUCAGUGAGGCGAUAAGUUAAUUAUCUGAGGAGAUUGUUAAGCAGGACUUUUCAAUUGCCAUAUCAGUUUUUACCCUAAAGGAACUGCUCCCUCUCCGCAUAUCACAUGCUAACUUCAGAUUUGAGGACCAGUUCUGCCGCCACAUCGACGAUGUACCGAAGGAAUCACCCCUUGAAUCUCUACCAGCGAUUACUUCAUUAGAAACCUGAGAAGCAAAUUCACUUGUCUAUAGAGAGCCUAGAUUCCUAUGUCCAAUAUGUUAGUGUCAUCUUCUUAAAGGCAGGUGAGGGACAUGACUUAGGCGCCGUCAUAGAUAAAGUGAGAAAAGGCACUUUGCCUUCCUGGACAGGACAAAGCACACGGCGACGACCGGAUGCGUAAGCCUUACUUUUUAUUACUGCAACCUGUCCGCUUAUUUGAUUUAGGCAGGCAUGACGCAUUAGAGUUACGUUUCCGACUAAGUGCAAGGAACUAAUUAAAUUUAUGAUUAAGGCUGAGGCCAAGUUAAGAAUUUGGGUUAGGGGAAGGGCUGGGGUUAAGUUUGUUGGCCACAUGCCAUCUCACACAAUCCGGCCUUCCUUAACCGGUGACCUUGAAUUAUCUGCUUUCCGCUCUUUUACAAGCUCUUAAUUCACACAUUUAGAACUGCGCGGUCUGUUUCGGCACCUCUUUGGAGUAAUAAAACAGACAUAAGGCAGGAAUGCGAGUUUUCUCGAUGACUUCCACAGAUUCCGUUAAUUGCUGCGUCCAUCUGCUUUAAUGAUGAAACUAAGAUUAACAUUCAUUCCGUAUUGUAGGAGUCCCUGGGCUUUUUUCCCCAGUGGGAUCGCAUACACAAUCUCCGUCAAACACCUUAGUUCCCCUAAUUCAAAAACAAAGGGCAGUUUACUGCCUUCCCAACCGAAUUAGAAGGUUAUGUUCUGAAGACAGGCCGGACAAUAAAUUCGCCUCCAUGUGAAACACUCUGCGGGAGGGAGCCUCUCCUUAAAUGUUCCUCUUAAGGCAUAUGGAGAACACCCAUAAAAAACGGACGUGCUGAAGGGUGAGGAGAAAGAGUUAUUUCUCACAUCACUGUCUCGAAUGUACCCCGUCAGUCAGGCAGUCGUUUGGGCUCUGUUAUUGCACUCAGGUAUCGAACGUCCAAUAUAAGACUAAUCUUCCCAAGGGCAGGCUGCUAUUUCAGCCUGUGUCUGCGUCCCUAUUUCUUUCCGUGAAGCAGCUUUUGCCGGUCGAAGGUCUAGAUGGCUAUCCAAGCGAAUACGAGAUUAGCAUCCUGUUGGGCUAAACCCAAACAUGAGAAAGCCCAUCGGUAGCCUAAUCGUAGCUCAUGUGAUUGACAGCGACGCCAUUCAAGCAUUGUGAAUCAUUUGUAAUGUACCGGUGAGAGAUUUUAAACUCCCGCGUCAGCGAAUACUUGCGACAGCAGAGGUGGUGAUCAUACGGUCAACAAACCCAACCAUGUGCUUGCGGAAGGCGUUCAUUCAGGCCCUCCGGUUACCCUGGCCAAAACCGAACUCUACAUGUUCCUCUCCCUCACGUUCUAAUGAAGAGACACAAACGCACCUCAGUGAUACCCUUCCCUUCACCCUGACCUCGAAAGUAAACCAUUAUCACUCCCCUGUCCCCUAUCGCCCUUGACAUCAACCCUUCUUGAUUUAUUUUCCUCCUUGACUCCCUAGUUCCAAAGUGACAGUUGAAAACAUCUCAGGUUCCAGGUACGACUUUAGGGUAACAAUUGCGGACUACACUAAAUCGCCUAUAACAUUAGAUUUCCCAGUCGUUUAGGAUUCUAGAAAUCUCACUUUGAAUCUUCUGUAAUUUCAGCUUAACUUGUAGCGACUAGGCGGAGCGUGUGCUCAGUGCGCUACAAUCAUCAGCUCAAAUCCAAAGUUUUAAAGCGAAAACAGCAUUUACCAGAUUGAUGGGUUUAUUGUAUACAAAACCCAGGAUUGUCCUCUCAGGCGGCAGUGGCCGUUGGCGAAGCCAGGGCUGGUGCUGACUUCGUCCAGUGAGGCCUGAGAGACCCUGGGACAGUGGUGGUAGCCGCUUUUGUAGGCUCAUGGGCCAAGCCCAAGUGGUCUCCAAUCGGCUCCCUUUUCCUCCUACUCCGCUUCCUCCUCUUCUUCUUCCUCCUCCUCCUCCUCCUCAUCCUCCUCCUCCUCCUCCUCCUCCUCCUCCUCCUCCUCAUCCCCCCUUCAUCCCCCAUUUCUUUCAUUCCUCUUUUUUUUCUUCCUCCUCUACAUAUAUUUCUUCUUCAAACCCCACGCAACCGACGCUCAAUUAUCCUUUAUCCUUUAG